AUGGAAGAUUUUACAAAGGAUAAAUACUCACGAAGACGGUUAGAUUUAGAUUGGAGAUUCAGCAGUGGUGCGGAAAAGCCUAUUGGAAUAUCUGACGUAAACAAAUUUUAUUUUGAUUCUGACUGAUGAAGACUAUUCAGUGGACCAUGAUGAGAUGGAAAAAUUAGAUAUGAACAUUGAAAUUUUGGAGGAACUAGGUUAUAG